AUGGAGGUUUUACGAAAUAGACUUUCUUCUCCAUCUCUAUUGCACUCCCAUUGGCGUUCACCGCCCCGAUCUCCGCCACUCCGUAUCCACCAUGACACGGAAGCGAGUACAUCAGGAAUGGAGGUUUUACGAAAUAGACGAUCUCCUAUUCAACGUCCUCUUCAUGAAUCAGAGCCGAGUACAUCAGGGAUUGAUGUCUUUCGAUUCACUUCACCUCCUCGGCGUUCCGACUGGCGUCCUCCAUCUCCUUCUCGGCGUUCCCUAGAUGAACCAGGAGCUAAUACCUCAGCAGCGACGAAGGUGUUCCGAAGACGACAUUCUUUUCCGUACCGGGACUCCCCAGUCUCUCUUCGGCGCUCAUCUACAAAUCUCCCAACCAUCCCUUUCUCUCGCUCUCUUACCGAUUCCAUUCACACUUCUCGUCGUCCAUCGUCUCCCCCCUUAACCGUUCCUCAACAUUCUCUCGCUUACUCUCUACGCUCUCCUCCUUCACUCACUUCUCUGCAUACAUCCCGUAGUUCAUCUCCACCUAUGCGAUCCCUUCAUUCCCCCUCUAUUGUUGGACCCCCGCGUUCUCGAUUCCUUUUCCCCACACCUCCUCCAAUUCUGCCCCUUUCUACCGGUUCAGCUGUAGAUCCCAUUCAGUCGUCACUAUCCAAAUAUUUCAAAGCGGAUCUUCCUUCUCCAAAUAUCUCUGCUUUGAAACCGGCAGACAUUGACCAGGUUGAAGAUUCAACACUCGCAGGGUCGGCUCUGUUGCGAUUACACGACAUAUUGAAUGAUCCACCGAUCAUUCAAGCUUUACUAGAAAGCCAUCCUCAGAGUCCAUCUUCCGUACCGAUGCCUUCGAAUCGAACUCGGGAUGUGAGAAUAUCGAAAAAUCCCAAAUCAGACAGCAAAAAAGAAACAUCGUUGAUCGAAGUGAUCGACCUUACGGAAGAAGGUAAAUUUAUAAAUGAAUCUGAUGUGCACGAUGUCGGCUCCCGGAGAAAGGGUGGGCCAUAUAAAAAUCCAUCUUUACAGAGAGAUCCACGCUUGAAAAAACCGGAGAAGGACUCUGACAAUGUAUGA